AUGAUACCCAAAAAAAGAAAACAAUCACAUAUUGAAUUUGAUCAAGAAGAUCAUAAAACUACCGUUCCACGUUUAUAUAAUUAUAAAGAUCCAGAGGACAAAACACAAUGGAGAUUUAAAAAAUUUUCAUUGGAGUCAGAAGAGACGAAACAAAUCAUCUUGGAAAUGGAUAAUUGCAGAGUAAAGAUAUCUCCUUACAAUUCUCCUCGCUCAAUGGAAUCAAAAGAUACAACAGUUAAAAUGGAUAUAGAUAUUCCAGAACAUUUCACAUCUAUACCUUCAAAUAUUAGUCCACAUUCUCUUUAUGAUGAAGUCUACAUCAGAGUGUCGCCAUUUGAUACACCACCAACUACACCAACAUCUGACAAUAGCUCUGAUGAACUCCCUUUAUUUGAUUAUAAGAUAGAACCUAAAACAAAAUCUCAAUUAUCAUUUGAAGGAUAUGUAAAACCAACUCCCAUGUACCAAAAUAAUCAUAAUAAAUCACUAUCACCACACUCUGACUUGGCACAAAUACAAUCAACUUUUACAAGCAUUUUGGAUACAACUACAAUAGGAUCACCAAGUCCUUGGAGAGUGUAUGAACCUGUAAAACAAAGUCAAAUCACCCAAAAAAACAUCAACCCUAAUAAUAAUAAUAACCAAAAAGAUCAAACCAUUAAACCAAAUCAUCAAACCACAACCAUAGAAAAAACCACUCUUCUCAAGAACCAAGAGGACAACACCAAACGUAGUGAUUCAUUUCUCAAAGAGAUAGAGAGUCUUCAUAGGUCAGACCCAACUCACUUAAUCUUCAGCAAUAUUGGAUUGAAAGAUUACCAGAUAAUCCUCACGACCCAUGGUAGAUACACUCUUGAGCGUUGGUUUUCUUCAACAAUCAUUUGUGCCUACAUCAAACUUCUCACAUCACCCUCAAAUGGAACAGAGUGGCUCUUGGACCCUGAAGUUUUUGUUUCAUUCAGACAAUCCCAAGAGAAAUUUAAAUUACCCUUAAAAUUGCCAAGACCACCAAAUAAUGUACAAACUAUUUUGCUACCAAUAUGCACCUCAUCUCAUUGGACAUUAGCAGUUUUUCGUGUUGGUUCUGGUAUAAUUGAAUUUUAUGAUUCGGCAGGCAAUGGAUCAUCAUAUUUAUUUGAUAUACUUGAAAAGUUACCAAAUCGGCUAGCUCAAGAGGAUCAGGCAUUUGGGUGUAUAAAAAGCAAAACCAAUCAUAGUGUUAUCACCAUUAAAACACAACCUCAACCAAAUGGUGAUGACUGUGGCUUGCAUGUUUGCUUGAAUGCAAGAUACUUGUUGAAUAUUGAAAGCUUUCAAGCGGGUCAUCCAUCAUUUAAUUUCUCUUGGAGAUACCAUAUUGCGUCUGAACUCUUUAACAAUUCUGUGUCCACUGACCCACAAUUUUUUGGCCCUGUUAAACCAUCCGAGUACUCCCAAAAAGAAACUAUAUCAAGCACGUCAACAUCAUCAAUACCAUCAAACAUAUCAAACACAUCAACAUCAACAUCAACUUCCCUACCCUUCAAACCAACAGAGUCUCUAAUAGCCAUGACGGCUGCUGCAGCAAAUUUACUCUACAAUAACGAACAUGUAGAAUACAUGAUUCUUGAAGAAUUAAUCGAUGAUUUAUCACCCACAUCCCCACCAUCAUGGUAUCAAGAUCAACAACCAUUUUCAUAUUCCGCAUCAGUAUCACCUAAACCAACCAUAGAAUCAGGAUUAUCCCCAGUUACAUCACCCCUACAGUCAUCAAAUCCAUUUAGAGAACCACUAUUUUCAUCUCCCAAACCAGUAUCUCCUAAACCAACGAUGUCAUCAGAAUCAUCACCAGUUAGAUCACCCCUACAGUCAUCGCCUCCAUCAUCUCCCACUCCUCCAUUUAUUAGAGAUAAAGGAAUAGAAUUCUUCAACGAUAAUUUCGAUCUAAAAGAAAAUCCAAAUUUUUUAGUCAAUGGAAAGAUUGGUAAUUUAGAUUAUCGUUUGGUUUUGGAAGAACCGGGUAUCAAAGAUUAUAUCAAAGUUUUGGUUGAUGUUGAUAGUUUCAUAGGAUUAGUUAAAGAACAAUUUGAAAUUAUUUCAAUUAUUGAAUCUGAUUUUAAAUUAUCGCCUUUGAAAUCAAACAUUGAUUGGGCCAAGAAUUAUCAUACACCAACACCCUAUCAUACCAUUUCAAAUAUGCUGUUAAUGGAAUCUAACAAUAUUAAAAUCAGAUUAAUGGUUCCAUCGAUUUUAAAACCUUUUACAAAUUCACAUGGGGCUAUGAAACAAGAUGACACUGACAGGAUAUGGAAUCAUUUGUUGCUUCCUCUCAUUAGAAAUUCGUUUUUCUAUGACGAAACUAACAAGUCAAGAAUACCUUCAAGUAUUUCAACUUAUCGGGAAGCUUGUUCACAUGGAAAUGUACAUUAUUCCGCUGGAAUCCCAAUUCAGAGUAGAAUAGUUUCAAGAUUCUUACGAUCUCUUAGUGAUUUUAAAAAAAAUCCUAAAUCAUUUUUUAAAAGAAAGAAUCUAUUUUCAGAUGUGGAAAAUGAUCCAGAAUGUACUUUACUCGAAUCAAUGAUGAAAGGCUUCUACAUUCUUGUAGAGAUAAAGGGAAUGAAAGCGACACUACCAAUGGAAAUGAAUUAUGUCAAAAAUUGUUUUAUUGCCGAUCAAAACAAUGAUAUAGGAAUAUUUGAUGAAGAUAGUUGGCAAGCAGAGUUUUUCAACAAAUGCUAUGAAAUCAGUCCUGAGGACAUAUUUAUUGAUAUGGCUUUCACUUUUUAUAGUACAAAGCUGAAUACUACUUUACUUUUUUCGGAAAAAGAAUUAUAUGACAAAGUAAUGAGUUUUGGAAAGUCUAAAAGUGAAAUAUACAAUCUUCAAAUAGACAGCGAAACAAAUUUAUUUGGUGUAAAUGGUAUUAGAGCUACAAUCAAAUCAAACAAUCCCAAUUGGCCAGUUUAUGUAAAUGCCUAUCAUACUUCCAAACUCUAUACAAAAAUGGAUUCAAAGAUUCUAUCUAUGAACCAUUCUGAUAUUGUCAUGUUAGUUCAAAUACUUUUAUCAAAAGUUGCAAAGUUUCAAAUCACUGACCAAGAUAAAACAAAAAGAUUAUAUGGGUUGUCAACUGAAGUUUAUCCAAACUUAGAAGAAGAAGGUUCACUGGAUAUUCCUACAAAAUUUAUUAGAGAUGUACAUUGCCAACUUAAAUUAUGCAUUGAAGUUGGAUAUCCAAUUAUGGGUUCUAAAAUUCAAAACUCAAAUACAUUCCAAGGAGGGUAUGACGAUAUCCUUAAGAAAACAAUGGUGCAACAUUGUGAAGAUAAACCUCAAUCUAUGAAGGAUAAAAUUGACCAAAAGUUAGGUGCAAGAUUUGAAGUAAGAGUCCCAUAUAAACCAAUACUUACAACAAAUGAAAAUGGUAAAAGAGUAAUGCUAUUGGAAUAUUUAGAAUUGGUCAAACACAUUAUUCCUCAAUUUUCUAUUGAAUACGACGAAGACGAUCCACAUUUAGAGCUUCAGCCAUUGAAAUUUAAAUCCGUGAAUACUACAGAAUAUGGAAAAUUCAGACACAACUUGACUUUAACAUACUACAAGCAAAUACUUGACCAUUUAAUAUUAUUGCAUGACAGUGUUAUUAUUUUACAAAAGAUGGGAAUUGAAAACAAUUUUUUAACACAGCAACCAAUUCAAAGUAUAUUUGUAAAUAUUUAUAUAUUUAUAAAAUUAUUGAAUGGUGUUUUUAGAAGAUUAGACUUUGAUGAUGAUAAAUUCCUUUCAAAAACAGUGGAAAAAUUUUGUAAUAGAGAUCAUGGUUUUUAUUGUUUUAAUAGGUCUAUGUUUUCAAAACCAUUUUAUGGAGAAGAUUUGCAUCUAUCCAUUGGUAAAGUAAAUUUAUCUCACUUAUACAAGAAGAUUUUUCUUCAUAUCGAUCCACAGGAUGAUAAAGAAUCAAUGUUGGAACUUAAGGAAUGGAUGAAAAGAUUUUACAAAGUUACUUUAAAGAAAAUGGAUUUAUAUAGUAGCUAUAAGAUCGACUUCAAUCCUAGAAAUUCAAAGACAAGAGUUCAAUUAAUCAACAACUACAACUAUCCCUUAAAUUAUUUAUCAUUUGAAACUAUCUUAAGUAAUACUUUUGAAAUGAGAAAAUAUCAUAGGUGGCAACUAGAACAACAAAACUAUAGAAAAAUGGAAAGAAAAAAUGUAUCAAAUACCAAAUCGAACAAUAAUAAUUAUAAUUUAAAUAACAAUACCUAUAAUAAUUCAAGUAAAAAGAAUAAUAAUAAUAAUAAUAAUAAUAAUAAUAAUAAUAAUAAUAAUAAUAAUAAUAAUAAUAAUAAUAAUAAUAAUAAUAAUAAUAAUAAUUAUAAUAACCCUUUAAUCAACCAUAACGAUCGAUUUAGUGAUUCGAACAAUUUCAUUAAUGAAAUCCAUGAAACAAACAAUACCAAUAAUAAUAACAAUUCAAGUAAUAAUAAUAACGAUUCCAACCACAAUACUGACGAAAAUACUCAAACUUUGUUUGAUAAAAUUGGUCAUGUAAGAAUUUUAUAUGAUUCCCUACAUAGAAUCUAUAAAAAAGAUUAUCAAAUUGAAGAAAGCGAACAAUUUUUAAUUCAUUUAUUAAUUGCUUCAAUGGUGAAAGAUUUUGUAAUAGCUUUGAUGUCAUCUAAAAGUUUUAAACCAAUAUUGGAUGAUUGUUUGCAUAUCUUUGACAGAUCAUUUUAUAAUAGUUUCAUUGAACCUGGAUAUAUGCAAAAAGACCAAGAUUUACGCAAAAUGAGUGCUGAUGAUGCGUUUUCAAAAUAUUACUAUAUUGGAAAAUCGAAAGUGAAUAACUAUGUGUUCAAAUGGAUAGAGAUGUUUGGAGAAUCAAAAUUAUGGAGUACAAUAUAA